AUGCUGUUAAUCCCCGGCUUUCGUCUGUACAUGUUUGCCUCCCCUCCAUUUCUGGGUCCGGAAGCCAAAGCUGCCGAGCGCAGGCUUGGCUCUCUCUUGGUUCCUUUCUUUCCUCUGUUUCUAUGUUCCGAAUCUAAAUCUAUUGUUUGGUGGCUACCUUUCCUAAACUGUCUUACUUCCCUCUGUUGUUCUCUUCCUCGAACUUUAUAUGGUUUUUUCGCGCUCGCUUCGGGCAGACGCCUUGCGAUCACAAAGCCUGGUGCUAAGUCCAGAACUUGGUAUUGUUACUAUUCCACCACCAUCCAGACCUCUACAGGCAACAUACUUCCUGCGGACCUUCGCAUCUACAGCCCAAUCAACGACGUCGUUCAUCCUGACAACACCAUUGCUUUUGUUAUCGCAAAGGCUUAUAUUCCUCCCAACGACACCACUUUCCUCGAUGUCCUACACUUGGCCAUCUGCCCUGGUGACCCCUCCAGCGAGAGUUACGAGGAGUCUCUUCCUGACUGUCCCUACCCUUGGAUCUUCGGUGUUGGUCAUGUUCCUUCAAAAUCCGAAACCUUAACCGACACCAACACGAAGAUUUUCCCCGUUUCUCACACCGAAUAUCUUCAAAACGAGCCCAAGAACGUUAAAUCCCGUUAG